AUGGCCGACAGCGACAGCGACGACGAGCUCAUGCGCGCGCUCCGCGGAGGCGGUAUGAAGACCGCCGACUGCUCGUACUGCCAGGCCGAUGGGGCCACGCUACCUUGCUCCAAGUGCCACCAGGCCAUGUACUGCGACGACGCCUGCUUGCGCCGCCACUUUAAGGCGCACCGCGACCACUGCAUCCAAGUCUACCUCAAGGAAGAGAGCGAGGACGAGGAAGAAAGCGAAGAGGAGGAAGACAACGACGACGAAGAAGAAAAGGCCAACGCAGCGUCGUUUGUCAAGCGGCAGAGCUCGCGCUCCUUCAGUGGGCCCGCCGUGAUGGGCAUCCCGGGCUUGACCGAGGAGCAAGUGGCGACGCUCAUCAAGCUCUCGACCAAGUCCACGGACGUCGGGAAGCAGCAAAAGGAGAUCUCGCAUCUAAAGACGCAGAUCGAAGAAAUGCUCAAGUCGCAAGAGUCGAUUGCGCAAAUCGCCAAGGCCAACCAGAUCAAACCCGAGCACGUGCUCUCAAAAUCGUCGUCGAUCAAGCAAAAGGAGCUCGACUUGCUCAUGCACAAGCUCGAGGCGCUCGAGCAGCGUGCGAGCUUUGCGCCAGCGAUGCUAGGCGCGCCGAUGCCCUUGGCCAUCGCGCCGUACUUUAAGCUCCAAGCCAUGUCGAUGCCAUCGGACCAGAUCAAGGCCAAGAUGGAAGUUGACGGCGUCGACCCAGGGCUCCUCGACACACCCCACGCGGUCUCCCCGAACGACCCCGGCGCACCGCCUGGGGCCUAUGUGCCAUUGACGGUCGGAAACGACCCCAAGUUUAAAAAGUUUUUCAAGCUGCUUGCGAUGCACAUGCCUGUGGACCAGAUCAAGAUGAAGAUGGAGGCCGAGCAGCUCGACCCGUCGUUGCUCGACCACCCAGAAGCCGUCUCGCCCAACGAUCCUGGCCCGCCGACGAUGAUGGCGCCGUCGCCACCCAUGACGCCGCCGAUGCAGCCGGCUGCACCGCCGUACGUCCCGCUGCUCGUCAAGGACGACCCUGCGUUCAAGAAGUUUUUCAAACUUCUGACCAUGGGCAUGCCCAAAGAGCAAGCCCAGCUCAAGAUGAAGGCCGAGGGCUUGGACGGCGCGCUCCUCGAGACACCAGACGCAAUCUCGCCCAACGAUCCAGGGCCGCCGCCCGCACCGAGCCGUGGCAGCUUUAGCAUGCCCGCGUCUGCCGGAGGCAUCUCGAUGGACCAGCUCUUCGCGAUGGUCAUGCAGCACCAGCAGAUGAUCCAGCAAGGCAAUUUUGCAGCAUCGGGUUCACGGACACCAGCGCACGAAGGCGGUGGCGGAGGCGCGCCCGUGCGGUCCGUCAAGGACCAAAUGGCAGCCGAGCUCGCGGCCGCAUCGAGUGCAGUCGAUGAUAUUUUCGGCGAAGACACGGUCAAGGCGACGGGCGGCGGCAUGUCCAUGGUCGAGCAGCUGGAGAAGAAGGCUCGGAAGGAGUCGAAUAAGAAGCUUGUCGACAACAUUGCAGCGAUCAACGCGACCAUCCACGAGCUCGUGACCAUCAAGUUCAAGGACGAAGCCCACGCGAUCGCCUACUCGACCGACGUCUCCAACAAGCUCGAAGGCUAUGGGCUCGCGUUGGGCGCCGACGCCAACCAAACGUGGUCGGCACGGCUGCUCAUCAAGAAUAAGGACACGCGCGACUGGUACUACUCGGAGGCCGAGCGGCUCGCGGCCGGCCACGCGUACCUCCGGCUCUGGUAUCUCCAAGCGCUCUCGACCGACAUUGUGCAGCUGCGCUCCAAGACGGACCAGAUCACGAACGCGCCGGGCGUCAUCCAGUCCAAAAACAAGGUUGAUGUCAUCGACAAGUUUACGACGCUCCUCAAAGAAGCGGUGAAACUCAAACACAAAAUCUUCAAAAACAGCGCGUUCAACGACCAAGUGGCGCAAAUGGCGACGCUAAAGAUCCCGCAAGCGUACGACGCCCACGGCCAGGCGCUCACGGACGCCGCGGCGAUGCUGGCCAACGCGGCCCUCGAUAUGGCCGACGACGAGCUCCGCGUCCUCGAACGGACCCAGCGCGCCAAGAAGAUCCGCGCGUCCACGGCCGUCCACGUCGGUGAAAAAACGGUGCAGUUUGUGGGCAUUGUCAAGAAGCUCGGUGUCUCGCCAAACUUGCUGGCGCCAGCCGCUGACCGCGUCGCGGGCCUCGAGGCAGCGGUCGCGGCCAUCAAGACCGAGUACUUUGCCGAGAAGGAAGAAGAGGAGGAAGACGACGUGUUGUAGUGUAGUAGGACCCUUUCUUUAGGCCUUUGCCGUCGAGCUAAAUAACGAUCGGAAGAGCUCGUCAAUGUCCA